GGAACACACAGAGCUGAUGGCGCUGAAAGAGGAGAAUCAAGAACUGAAUGAAAUGAAAGAGAAACAUCAUGAUUUUGUAACUGGAGAGCAGACAUCCUCAAGAGUUCAAAACUCUGAAACCUUUAAUCGCCACACAAUGGUUCACUCGAGAGAGAACCUUUUUAAAUGUGGUCAGUGUGGAAUGACGUUCUGGAACAUUAAACACCUCGACAGGCACGCAAUACUUCAUUCCAAAGAAAAGCCUUUUAAAUGUGAGCAGUGUGAAAAGUGCUUUAAAAUCAGCAAAUACCUGAAGAAUCACAUGAAGAUUCACAGCGGACGGAAGCCGUUCUCGUGCACUCAGUGUGGGAAGUGUUUCGGUCAUAAAGUCUGCCUAAAGAAUCACAUGACUCUUCACACCGGAGAGAAGCCUUACACCUGCAGACAGUGUGGAAAGAGCUUCUCGCAAAGCGGAAAUCUUAAAUAUCACAUGAGAGUUCACACCGGAGAGAAACGUUACACCUGCCCUCACUGCAAAAAAAAAUUUGGUCACAAAGGCAGCCUCAAGGCUCACAUGAGGAUUCACACCGGAGAGAAGCCCUACACAUGCCGACAGUGUGAAGAGAGAUUUACACACAAGGAAUCCUUCGAAAUACACGUGAUACGUCACACUGGAGAGAUGCCUUUCACCUGCCAGCUGUGCGGGAAGGGCUUCCCACAGAAAGGAAAUCUGAAGUCACACAUAAAAGUUCACACUGGAGAGAAGCCUUUCAUCUGUCCUCACUGUGGAAAGGGUUUCACUUUUAAAGGAAACCUUAAGAUUCACAUGAGGAUUCACACUGGAGAGAAGCCGUACUCGUGCUCUAAGUGUGAGAUGAGGUUCCUGUAUAAGAGAGACCUGAAACGCCAUUUGCAAACCCGGUGUUCCUCAGAGUGACGAGAUUUGAAGAAAGAUGCUAUUUGUGUUCGUGUGUGUGUGAGACUGUUCACAUAACCUUUUAAAUGUGGCCCUAUCAGAUGAUCACCUAAACAGAACACUGCACCAUGUGGUUUAUUUGCAUGCUUCUUUAUAUUUUGCCUUGAGGCUUUUUUCUUUUGUCACGGUUGGAAGUGGCCACAGGUGUUCAUAUGUACGUACAUCCUUUCAAGUAUAGAGAGGUUGCAAUUAGGGUUGCAAAAAGGUGGAAA